AUGCCAAUAACAGUUGCUCUGGGACAAUGCGGCAAUCAGAUUUCGCAUUGUUUGACGGAACUUAUGUGGGAUGAAGGCUUGCGAGACGGGUUUUUCGUUGAAAAGCAGAAUGGAAAAGUGUACGCAAGAAAUGUUCUUAUUGACAUGGAGCCUAAGGUGAUCGAGAGUGUUAUGAAAAAAUCUGAGGCAAAUGCGUGGAACUACUCGAAAACGGCGGCGAUUACGGCAAGAUCUGGAUCAGGGAAUAAUUGGGCCUUUGGCUAUUCGGUUCUUGGCGAGCGCAAUCAAGAGACUAUUCAACGACAGAUCAGAAAGCUUGCGGAAGACUCGGACUCGAUUAAUGAUGGAUUUCUUGUUAUGCUCGCGAUGGCAGGCGGUACAGGCUCUGGAGUCGGUUCUAGGACUGUCGAGAGUAUCAGAGAAGAGUACGGAUCAAAAGUGCCAAUAGUAGCGCACGCCGUGUGGCCAUAUUCAACCGGCGAAGUCGUCGUUCAAAACUACAACACGCUUCUUACGCUGAACUCGUUGAACAACUCCACCGACGGAAUCAUUUUCCAUCAGAACUCAAGCAUCACUGACAUUAUUCAAUCGCGCUUCGAUCUCAAAAACGUCGCCUACUCGGACAUUAACAACUACGUAGCAAAGGAACUUGCGUCGAUUCUUUUGCCAAUAAAGGAUUCGGAUGGAGCACUUCACAAAAUGCCCAUCUACCAAAUCGCCGUCGACCUUUGUCCUUCACCGAAUUUCAAAUGUCUGACGCCAAGAAGCCUGCCACAACUUCACAAUCCAAAAAGAGCAUUUUUGACAUAUUCGAACGACUUAUUGUUGAAAUACAUGCAUCAGCUUUGCCUCACUGGCAAUUUUAACGAAAACUCUGGAAAUAUGAAUAUGAAGUCAGUGACAAACAGGUCAAUCGCGAUGAAUGCUUACAUUCGAGGCAAAAACGAAGGAUGCGAAAAAAUAGAGAGCUGCCUAAAUGAUGACAAGAUAUUCUCAGACAAAAUCGCUCCGACAGAUAGAUUCAAUUCUUAUCUGGCGAAAAAACCUUUUCUGAAGCAUGAAACGUUUCUAUCGACGCUCUCUGCAGAUCAAACUCUUAUCGAGCCGCUCGAGACAGUUCUUUCGCAAUCUUGGGACAUGUUCAAUCAUCGCGCCUUUCUUCACCGCUACGAAGCCUAUUCUAUCGAUUCUGAGCACUUUGUGAAUUCCUUCGCCCACCUUGAACAAAUGCAACAUUCCUUGAAAUCACUCUAA